AUGGCAGAAACAGCAGACGCAGGCACAUCUUCAUCAGGAUCAGGCAACUCUACCACCAGCAAAAUAACCAAAGUAGUUAAGUCCAAGAAGUUCUUAGUAGUAGUUGGGUUAGUUUUUCUAAUCAUCGUUAUCCUUAUUACCAUUAUAGCAUUCCGAGGACACAGCACCUCAAGCACCGCUGUAGGAUCGGCCCAACAUCUCGUCCAGAAGUCCCAUGCAGUUACUGCCGCCGCCAAACCCGGCGAGGCACAAUCAGCAGAGCCCGUAGCCGCUAAUAAUCCUAAGCCCAACAAAUCCCAUAAAAAGCGCAAGGCCAAACCAUCCCAAAAUGGUGCCACCGCCAACCUAUUGGGCAUAAAUGACAUCAAGCUCAUCGAUCUCAAGAGUACCCUUACCGCCAAAGAAGAAUCCGCCAAGGCUAUCAAUUAA